AUGGGUUGUAUUUAGUAAAAGUAAAACCAAAGAUAAGAUGUAUUAUCUGCUGAGUCCAUUGAUAAAGAUAGAAAAUUAAAUAGAAACAAUUCUCAGUAAUAAAUUUAUCUAAAUUAGAAAAACUACUCAUUAAGAAAAUAAAAAGGAUGUAUUCCAAAUAAAACUUAAUCCUAUUGUUUAAAGAAGACUAUCUCCAGAUCAUAGAAAACAAUCUGAUAGUUGA